AUGAAGCAGAAGCCCACAGAAAGCUAUCGUGAGUUCGCGUACAGAUGGAGGAAGGAGGCAGCGAGGGUGAGGCCUCCAAUGACAGAGAAGGAGAUUGUAGAGGUGUUCAUACGGGUGCAGGAACCCGAGUAUUAUGACAGAGUCAUCUUAUUAAUCGGCGCCAAGUUCGCCGAGAUAGUCAAAGUAGGUGAGACCAUCGAGGAUGGCCUGAAGUCGGGAAAGAUAGCCCGAGUGUCUGCAUCGCCUGGGUCUUCCGGACUGGUAAGGAAGAAAAGAGAGGAGGUUAACGCUAUCUCACACGGGGGAAGAAAAGCCCCCAGAAACUUACCACGUCCCCAAGGCCGCUCCAAUCCUCCAUCAAAGCCUCAUCAAGCCUACCAUCCACACUCAAAUCACUCCGGCCACUACAAUGCUGCCCCCCAUUAUCCAGAUGCCCAUAUUUUAUCAUAUCAGAAUCCGCCCCCGAUUCCACAAAAUUUUCCCUCCACAUAUCCAAACCACCCCCAAGCUUAUCAAGUCCCUCCCCAUUACCAAAAUGUCGCUCCUAGCUGCGCUAAUGUACAGCCAAGCUAUCGAGCACCGUCUCCCGCAUAUCAGAUACAAACCCCAGCAUAUCAAAGCCCCCAUCCAAAUUACCAAGCCCCAAUGCCAAACCACCAAACAAAUCCCUACCCCAGAGCCCAAGCUCCACGACCAAACGCCCGCAAUUACCAACAAGUCCCUCCCCCUCAGCAGGGCGGGUAUGAUUCCCCUCGCCCCAGGUUUGAGAAGAAGCCCUCCAGAAGCUUCACCGCGUUGGCUGAAAGCAGAACUAAAUUGUUCGAAAGAUUAGCCGCGGCCGGAUACAUCCACCCUGUGGGGCCCAAGCCCGUGGAUGUUAAUUCCAGAUUCUACAGACCGGAGCAGAGAUGUGCUUAUCAUUCCAACAGUGUUGGACAUGAUACAGAAGAUUGUAUCAAUCUCAAGCACAAGAUCCAGGACUUGAUUGACCAGGAAGUGGUCUCCCUUCAGCCUGCGGCGCCAAACGUCAACACGAAUCCGUUGCCAAAUCAUGGGGGUGGAAACACCAACAUGAUAGAAACUGACGAAGAUGAGCGUGAAGCCAAGAGAAUUACUCCUGUUGUUCAGGAAGACUUGGAAAGGGCUGUCGCUUCUUUAAGCGUCAAGGAAAGGAGGGAGUUUGUUAUUCUGACACCUGCAAAGGCUGUUGCCUUGGUGCCCUCAAAGACUCUCCCCAAACCAAAGUUUGUGAUAGAAACGGCCGUGGCUCAAGGCAUGACUAGGUCCGGAAGGUGCUACACUCCUGAUGAGCUUGCUCUCGGAGGACAGAAGAAGGACCAUGCUAAGAGGCCGAUAAGCGAGGGGGAAGCAGAAGAGUUCUGGAGAAGGAUGCAACCGAAGGACUAUUCCAUCGUCAAACAUUUAGAGAAGACUCCGGCUCAGAUAUCUGUGUGGGCCCUGCUGAUGAGCUCUCAGUCCCACAGGCAGGCCUUAAUGAAAGCUCUUGAUGAUACAUACGUGCCCUCAGGCACAAGCAGCGACAAUGUAGCUGCUAUGAUUCACCGAGUCAUUCAGGGACACCGCAUCAGCUUCUGCGAUGAUGAGUUGCCGUCCGAAGGGAGAGCCCACAACAAAGCUCUACACAUCACCGUGGUAUGCCGCGGAAAGAUCGUCAACCGUGUUUUGGUAGACGACGGAUCUGGCCUAAACAUAUGCCCUUUGUCCACGCUGAAGCAGCUGAGGUUUGACCUCGAAAAGUUGGAGAAAAACCAGGUCAAUGUGAGAGCAUUUGAUGGUGUGCAGAGAGAGACGUUAGGAGCGGUGAACUUGAUCAUCCAAAUAGGCCCCGCGGAGUUCGAGGCAAAAUUCCAGGUGUUGGAUAUCGACACCAGCUAUAACCUCCUUUUGGGAAGGCCAUUCAUUCAUAUGGCUGGAGCCGUCCCCUCCACUCUCCACCAAAUGAUAAAACUGGUGUGGAAAAAUGAAGAACUGGUUAUUCAUGGUGAAAAGGGUCAAUCGGGAAGGCAAGUGCCGGUCUCGGACGAGACACCGCAAGGUUCAGACUUCUACACGGUGGAGUUGGUAAAUGCCACCGAUGAGGGCUUGGCACCACAGACUCCCAUGCCGGCCGUGUACAAAAUGAUUGCCACGGUAAUGCUGCAGAGCGGAUUCGAACCAGGUUCCGGACUAGGAAGGAAUGCACAGGGGAUCAUCGAGCCAGUUCCGGUCCUUGCUGCAGGAUCAAAGUAUGGUUUGGGGUAUAUCCCCACAGAUGAUGAUGUGAAGAUGAAGAGGAAAAGGGAUCAAGGGUUGACUAAGCCGAUCCCGCAUCUCUAUCAAUCCUUUCCAGUCCGGGAGCAGGCCGAGCCUGAAGACGAUGGGGAAGGAAUCUGUGACCUUUUCCAGGAGAUCAAUGCCAUCAUCGAGGAGGAGGCUGAGCCAGCUGGCUUUCGUGAUGCUGAACCAGGGGAGAUGCUGCAAAAUUGGACGUCCACGCCGAUCCUGAUGUCCCGGACUCUUUGGUAG